AUGGUCGGGUGGUUCUUAGAUCGUGUAUUGCUAACUCCCACAUCGCGUGCCCAUGACCUCGCCCGUCGCUGUCGGAAAUCCUCUGACUGGACGAACUAUGUUGUUCCUACUUUGGAACAGCGACUCCGUUGCCUUCUUGUGGUGGAACACCUUCGCGCAGGAAUAGAAUCACAUCAAUCUCCUGCCGCCGCUGACCGCAUCCGCAGGCUGCUGUUAAGGACAGUUUUUAUUUGAGAUUUUUUCUCGAUUUAAGUAGCUGAUCUUGCUGGAUACGUAAGUGCUGUGCCAAGAGCAAGAAGAAAAAACUGAAAUCAUUCGUGAUUCGUCCUCCAAGCAAAUAACGAGACUAUGCUGGAUAGAGUGUCGUGAUGGUACUCGAAACUACGCUAAUCUUGCUAGGGCUCCCAGGUAUGGACGAUGGACGACCCCUACGUGUCCACGCAACUUACAGUGACAAGGAUUUUCAUGACCGACCGAAUCAAUUUCUAGAUGUCCUUGAGACGCUGGAGAAGGUUUUCCAUUCAAGGGCCAUUGUCGCUGUCGACGAAGCAGGUACUUUACCGGUCUAG